UUCCAGGGGCGGCUGGCCUGACCACGGUAUUGCAAAAGACGGCUCACUUCACCGCAGGAGCAGAGAGGAGAUGACUACAAACCAAGAACCAAACAGAAGCUUCAUAAAGAGACACAGAGAUCCUGACCACAGUCUGUCAGCAGCAGGAAGCAAGAAGACACUGCAGCAGCUUAACUAGACUCCAGGAUGUUUGGUGUGAUUGUCAGACGCUCCCUCAACCUUCAGCGUGGUGCCUUCACUGACCUGGUUUUCUUCCUGGCCCUGAUGCUCUCAUGUAGAGGUCAGGAGAUGAUUGGUUCAUCUCAGCCGAUAGUGGCCAUGAUUGGUGAGGACGCCGUUCUGCCAUGUCACCUGAACCCGGCCAUCAAUGCCUUUGACAACACUGUGGAGUGGGCCAGACCGGACCUGAACCCCAGAUUUGUCUAUGUGUGGCGAGACCGUGUGGAGCUAGAGAUUAAAAAACAUCCAACGUUCAGAGGAAGAACAUCAAUGUUCAGUGAAGAACUGAAACACGGGAAUGUUUCUCUGAAACUCUCCAGAGUGAAACUCUCAGACGGAGGAGGAUACAGAUGCUUCAUCCCUCCGUUAUCUAAGUCUGCGAUGGUUCAGCUCGUCGUUGGAUCUGUCUCCUCACCUGUGGCUCAGGUGACCUUAAACAGCAGCAGAGUCUGGUUGGAGUGUGAGUCUAAAGGCUGGUUUCCAGAGCCGGAGAUGUUUUGGCUGGACGGCGAGGGAAACCCUCUCUCCUCUGGUCCCACUGAGACGGUCAGAGGUCCUGAUGGUCUCUACACGGUCAGCAGCAGAGCGACUGUGGAGACGAGACACAGCAACACCUUCACCUGCAGAGUCUCAGAGAGGAAGAUCAACCAGAGCAGAGAGACCCACAUCACUGUUCCAGAUCAUUUCUUCAUGGUGCGAACUACUCCCAGUAUUCCCAGUACUCCAGACACUCCUGGUUCUCUGCCCGCUGUGAUUGGCUCUGUGAUUGGCUGUCUUGCUCUGGUUCUGAUUCUUGGGAUCAUCUUUGCUCUUUGGAUGCAAAGAAGACUCAAGAACAGGAAGGACCAUGAGGACCGGACUGAACAGUCUGAGGAGGAAAACAUGAAGACACCAAGAAGAGAUUUCACAGAGUUUCAUGUUGAGAAGGAAGGAGAAGAAGAAAGAGCUCCACUUAUGUCAGGGAGAGAAGAAGAAGAAGGGAAUGAGACACAUCCAGAGGAUAAUGGAGGGAAGAAUCAAGAGCUUCAAGGAGAGAACGAGGUCCAGGCAGAGCAACAACAGGAAGAUCCCAAAGAUCAGCCAGAGGAACAGAAACAGGAAGUAAAGGUAGAGUUUCAGGAAAGACAGAAAGAAGGGAGGAGAAAUGAAACUUCAGUGAAGAACAAGAAGAUACCAAACCAAACCAGAGGAGAGGAAGAAACGCAGGCAGAGCAACAUCUCAACACAGAGGAAGGAGAGAGGGAGCAGGCAGAGCAACAUCUCAACACAGAGGAAAGAGAGAGGGAGCAGACAGAGCAACAUCUCAACACAGAGGAAAGAGAGAGAGAGCAGACAGAGCAACAUCUCAACACAGAGGAAAGAGAGAGGGAGCAGACAGAGCAACAUCUCAACACAGAGGAAAGAGAGAGGGAGAAGGCAGAGCAACAUCUCAACACAGAGGAAAGAGAGAGGGAGCAGACAGAGCAACAUCUCAACACAGAGGAAAGAGAGAGGGAGCAGACAGAGCAACAUCUCAACACAGAGGAAAGAGAGAGGGAGCAGACAGAGCAACAUCUCAACACAGAGGAAAGAGAGAGGGAGCAGGCAGAGCAACAUCUCAACACAGAGGAAAGAGAGAGGGAGCAGACAGAGGAGGGAAAGAUGGAGGGGGGUGAAGGAGGGGAGGAGAGGUUAGCUCAGAUUGAUGAAAGUCAAAGGAAGGAAAAGGAGACAGAAAAACAAAAUGAAAGGAGGAGAAGAAGAGAAGAAGCCGUCAGACGAGCAGCUGGACGUAGAACAGUUAGUGGGGGGGGGGGAGUAGAGGGUGAGGUAAAGGAGACAGAGACUGAUGAAGAAGCUGGAUUGAGGACCAAUAUGAGACAAACACAAGUCACAGGAGGAGAAGAAGAAGAGAAGAUGGCUGAACGAGUGGACAUGAAUAAAGAGGUCAGAGAGAGAGGAGCUGAGAGUUCAGAGAGGCCGAAGCUAAAGACCAGGAAGAAUCAAGCUAAACCUUAUGCCAAAGUUAAACCACUAUAUAAACAAGAGGAAGACUAACAUGUGGAUCAAUAGAGAGACAGUCAGUGUCUGGAAGAUGACACAAUCAGAUGGAGUUUAUAGAAGGACCUCAAGAAGGAGAACAACAGCCCAUGAUGCAGACAGGCUACAUCUGACAUCAGGAAACCUAAAAGAGAGAGGAACAUGGAUAUUCUGCAGCUCAUUUACAUUUUCACUAAAGUCUCAUCAGGCUAACACUGAGAGGAAAACUGUCACUAAAACUGUAAACAAUUUUAAUAUUGUUUCUAAAAAACUACAGAUGCUCUGGUCUGACCUUUCACCAUGUUCUGCUUCCCCCCAUUACUUUUUGAUUUACAGUUUAGGAUUAUGAAAACACUUUUUUCCUGUGUAUCCACAAAGACAAGAUCAGUGACAAUUUAGUUAAGGUGACCUGUCAAUCAAAGUCACCACAUAUUCUAGCUUUGUGCCGUACGAGGUUUUUAAAAGGUGAAUUAAAAAAAUGUAACGCCUGCAAUGUUGUCAUGAAUAGAACAUUUUCCUUAGAAAUCUAAAUAUUUUUUAAGUUGGCUGUAAACUUGGAUAUUUUAAUAUGGAGGUCUAUAGGGAUGGACUCACUUUAGGAGCCAGCCUCUAGUGGCUGUUAGAGGAACUGCAGUUUUUUGGCAUUUUGUGUUUCAUAGUUUUUCUAAACCUGCCUGUCAGUUGUAUUUUCAGUGAUCCAGACUGAUGCAUUUUGACUAGUUCUUCAUGGAUGAAAACAUUUUGUAUGUAAACAUUUUGUUCAGGCGUUUUUCUUUUAUGUUGUGAAUUAUUUUAAUUUGGCGUUAUGUUUGUACGUCAGUAUUUCACAGGAUGUGCAGAGUGAAAGCAUUUUAAUAUUGUUUAUGCUUUUUUUUUUUUUUACAAAAAUAAAAAGCAUAAGUCC